AUGUCUUUCUCACGCUCAGCCCUCCGCUCUUCCACCUCGGCCUUCCGAUCCGCCGUCGCUUCCCAGCACGUCGUAGAGAAGCAGGCCGUUCGAUCCAUUGCCCUCGCCGCAUCGCAGAGGACCGCUACCAUUGCCGCACCCGCCCUCAGGGCCGCCGUCUCUGCUCCUCUCCAGCAGAAGAGGGGUGUCAAGACCAUUGACUUUGCCGGCACCAAGGAGAAGGUCUACGAGCGAGCUGACUGGCCUCUGGAGAAGCUCCACGACUACUUCAAGGACGACACCUUUGCCCUUCUCGGUUACGGAUCCCAGGGACACGGUCAGGGACUCAACCUCCGUGACAACGGCCUCAACGUCAUCGUUGGUGUACGAAAGGGAGGUGUCUCAUGGAAGGAGGCCCUCGAAGACGGAUGGGUUGAGGGCAAGAACCUCUUCCCCAUCGAGGAGGCUGCCACCAAGGGUACCAUCCUCAUGAACCUCCUCUCCGACGCUGCUCAGUCCGAGACCUGGCCCGAGCUCAAGAAGUACGUCACCAAGGGCAAGACCCUGUACUUCUCCCACGGUUUCUCCAUCGUCUACAAGGACCAGACCGGUGUCAUUCCCCCCUCCGACGUCGAUGUCAUCCUCGCCGCCCCCAAGGGAUCCGGCAGGACUGUCCGAUCCCUCUUCGUUGAGGGCCGUGGUAUCAACUCGUCCGUUGCCGUCCACCAGGACGUCACUGGCAAGGCUCUCGAGCGUGCUACUGCCAUGGGUAUCGCCAUCGGUUCCGGUUACCUCUACGAGACCACCUUUGAGAAGGAGGUGUACUCUGACCUCUACGGUGAGCGUGGAUGCCUCAUGGGAGGUAUCCAGGGAAUGUUCAAGGCCCAGUACGAGGUCCUGCGAGAGAACGGACACUCCCCAUCGGAAGCCUUCAACGAGACCUGUGAGGAGGCUCUGAUGUCUCUGUACCCCCUCGUCGGUGAGAAGGGUAUGGACUACAUGUACAACGCCUGCUCCCUUACUGCCCGACGAGGAGCCCUGGACUGGGCCCCCAAGUUCGAGGCCGCCAACAAGCCCGUCUUCCAGGAGCUGUACGCCCGAGUCAAGGAUGGAAGCGAGACCAGGCGUACCCUCGAGUUCGCUGGCCGACCCACUUACCGUGAGGACUACCAGAAGGAGACAGAUGCCGUCAGCGCCCAGGAGAUGUGGGUCUGCGGAAAGGCCGUCCGAGCCCUGCGACCCGGCAAGUAGAUGCGCUUCCAACCCUCGCAUCAGAUCUUGCCCUUGGUACGACCGUCAUUAUAGCUUGCAUAGCCGUCCAUUGCCAACCAGCGCUAUUUGAAUGUACAGCUACGUUAACGACAUGACCGAUCAAAGCGCAAUUCAGC